GUUACUCACAGUGCGGCGGGGACCGCGAAGAGCCCGGGUCGCCGUUGGCAGCAGCAGCGGCAGCGGCAGCAGCAGCAGCAGUCCCGGCAGCAGCGCGGACCCGGAGUGCCCAGGCGCACCCCGGCACCCCGAGCGCGGUGCGGCGGCGGGACUAGUGCGGCAGCGCGAGCCUUAGGCUCGGCCCCUCGACUAGGGGACCCCGACUCUCCGCCCAGCCAGCGAGUCCCCAGGCGCCGCCCGAGAGCCCGGGAGGCAGCGGCCACGGGCAGCCGGGCCAGGCGGCGGCCACCGCCGGCGCUGGGCAUCCUCUGGGGCUCCGGAUCGCGGAGGGUGCUGCGCCACCGCUCGGUGUCGGCCCCCGCGGGCCUCCCCGAACCUUCCCCACCUCCUGGGCCCAAGGGACGUGGGCUCGAGCGGGCGAGCAGGGGUGAGGGAGCAGCCCCCGCCUGCGCCCCCUCUGCUCCCCCCGAGCCCCUUUACACUGGGCUGGGCAUCGCGGCCUGAAGUGCCCGGGAUGGCGAGCCCGCCGCUGCACGGGCCCCCGGCGCCGGCGGGCGGCGAUGGCCCCAACCUCAACAACAACAACAACAACAACAACCACAGCGUGCGCAAGUGCGGCUACCUGCGCAAGCAGAAGCACGGCCACAAGCGCUUUUUCGUGCUGCGCGGGCCCGGCGCGAGCAGCGACGAGGCGACAGCGGGCGGGGGUCCGGCGCCGCAGCCUCCGCGGCUCGAGUACUACGAGAGCGAGAAGAAGUGGCGGAGCAAGGCGGGCGCCCCGAAGCGGGUCAUCUCGCUGGACUGCUGCCUGAACAUCAACAAACGCGCCGACGCCAAGCACAAGUACCUGAUCGCCCUCUACACCAAGGACGAGUACUUCGCCGUGGCAGCCGAGAACGAGCAGGAGCAGGAGGGCUGGUACCGCGCGCUCACCGACCUGGUCAGUGAGGGCCGCGCGGGUGCCGGCGACUCAGCCCCCACCGCGAUCCACGCCGGGUCCUGCAGCGCCUCCUUGCCCGGCACCCUGGGCGGCUCCGCCGGCUCCGAUGACAGCUACGGGCUGGCGGCGCCCGCCACGGCCGCCUACCGCGAGGUGUGGCAGGUGAACCUGAAGCCCAAGGGCCUGGGCCAGAGCAAGAACCUGACAGGCGUGUACCGCCUGUGCCUGUCUGCGCGCACCAUCGGCUUCGUGAAGCUGAACUGCGAGCAGCCGUCGGUGACGCUGCAGCUCAUGAACAUCCGCCGCUGCGGCCACUCCGACAGCUUCUUCUUCAUCGAGGUGGGCCGCUCGGCUGUCACCGGCCCCGGCGAACUGUGGAUGCAGGCUGACGACUCGGUGGUGGCCCAGAACAUCCAUGAGACCAUCCUGGAGGCCAUGAAGGCGCUCAAGGAGCUCUUCGAGUUCCGGCCGCGCAGCAAGAGCCAGUCGUCUGGCUCCUCUGCCACUCACCCCAUCAGCGUCCCCGGCGCGCGCCGCCACCACCACCUGGUUAACCUGCCUCCCAGCCAGACGGGCCUGGUGCGCCGCUCGCGCACCGAUAGCCUGGCUGCCACCCCGCCGGCCACCAAGUGCAAUUCAUGCCGGGUGCGCACGGCCAGCGAGGGCGACGGCGGCGCGGCGGCCGGAACCGGGGCGGCGGGCGGCAGGCCGGUGUCGGUGGCCGGGAGCCCGUUGAGCCCGGGGCCGGUGCGUACACCUCUGAGCCGCUCACACACCCUGAGCGCCGGCUGCGGCAACCGCGCGAGCAAGGUGAUGCUGGCGCCGGCAGGGGGCGCCCUGCAACACAGCCGCUCGAUGUCUAUGCCCGUGGCGCACUCGCCCCCAGCAGCCACCAGCCCAGGCAGCCUGUCGUCCAGCAGCGGGCAUGGCUCGGGCUCCUACCCGCUGCCUCCGGGCCCGCACCCGCACCUGCAGCAUCCCCUGCACCACCACGCGGGCCAGCGGCCCUCCAGCGGCAGUGCUUCAGCCUCUGGCUCCCCCAGCGAUCCCGGCUUCAUGUCCCUGGAUGAGUACGGCUCCAGCCCUGGGGACGUGAGAGCCUUCUGCAGCCACAGGAGCAACACGCCUGAGUCCAUCGCCGAGACGCCCCCUGCCAAGGAUGGGAGUGGGAGCGAGCUAUACGGGUACAUGAGCAUGGACAGGCCCCUGAGCCACUGUGGCCGCCCCUACCGUCGAGUCUCAGGGGAUGGAGCCCAGGACUUGGACAGAGGGUUGAGGAAGAGGACUUACUCCCUGACCACACCUGCCCGGCAGCGGGCGGUGCCCCAGCCCUCCUCUGCGUCCCUGGAUGAGUACACCCUGAUGCGGGCCACCUUCUCUGGCAGCUCUGGCCGCCUCUGCCCAUCCUGCCCCACGUCCUCUCCCAGAGUGGCCUAUCACCCUUAUCCUGAGGACUAUGGUGACAUUGAGAUCGGGUCCCAUAGGAGCUCCAGCAGCAACCUGGGCACGGAUGAUGGUUACAUGCCCAUGACCCCUGGAGCGGCCCUCAUGGGUGCUGGCAGUGGCAGCAGCAAGAGUGACGACUACAUGCCCAUGAGCCCCACCAGCGUGUCUGCCCCGAAGCAGAUCCUGCACCCACGGGUUGCUGCUGCAGCUCUGCCCCCGACGGGCCCUGCAGCGCCGGCACCCGGCAGUGUGGCGGGCAGGGCCUUUCCGGUGAACAGGGCCGGCUACAAGGCCAGCUCCCCGGCGGAAAGCUCUCCUGAGGACAGUGGCUACAUGCGCAUGUGGUGUGGCUCCAAGCUGCCUACAGAGAGCACCGACGGCAAGCUGCUUCCCAACGGGGACUACCUCAACAUGUCCCCCAGCGACGCGGGCACCUCGGGAACCCCACCGGACUUCUUCACCGCCGCCUUGCACGGCGCUGGAGAGAUGCUCAGGAGCGUCCCUGGCUACUGCUACAGCUCCUUACCCCGCUCCUACAAGGCUCCCUACACCUGCAACGGGGACAACGACCAGUACGUGCUCAUGAGCUCCCCCGUGGGGCGCAUUCUGGAAGAGGAGAGGCCGGAGCCUCAGGCCAGCGUGGGGACCACGCACCCGGCCAGCAGCGUGGUGGCUGGGGUAGCUGGGGGCAGCCACACUCAGCCUCCUCACUCCGUAGUGCCUUCUGCAGGGAGGCAGAGUGGCAGCGGCAGCAGCCGCCCGGAGGGCUUCCUGAACCAGCGCUGCCGGGCAGUGAGGCCCACGCGCCUGUCCCUGGAGGGGCUUCAGACCCUGCCCAGCAUGCACGAGUGCCCUCUACCGCCUGAGCCCAAGAGCCCAGGCGAGUACAUCAACAUUGACUUUGGCGAGGCUGGAGCGCGCUUGUCGCCACCGGCCCCUCCGAUGCUGGCUUCGGCGGCCUCGUCCUCCUCGCUGCUGUCUGCCAGCAGCCCCGCCUCGUCCCUGGGCUCUGGCACCCCGGGCACGAGCAGUGACAGCCGGCAGCGCUCCCCGCUCUCCGACUACAUGAACCUUGACUUCAACUCCCCCAAGUCACCCAAGGCUGAUACCCAGAGCGGGGACCCAGUGGGCUCCUUGGAUGCCCUCCUGUCCCCCGAGGCCUCCGGGUACCCGCCGCUGCCCCCGCGCCCUGCCGCCCCCUCCUCCAGUUCGCAGCUGCAGCCACCUCCGCCACCCCCUCCAGGGGAGCUGUACCGCCUGCCUCCUGCACCCACAUCCCAGGGCCCCAGUGCCGCCUCGUCUUCGUCCUCGGAGACUGGGGACAAUGGUGACUACACCGAGAUGGCCUUCGGCGUGGCUGCCACCCCGCCGCAACCCAUCGUGGCCCCCCCAAAGCCAGAAGGUGCCCGCGUGACCAGCCCCACGUCCGGCAUGAAGAGGCUGAGUCUCAUGGAUCACGUGUCUGGGGUCGAGGCCUUCCUGCAGGCUGGCCAGCCCCCGGACCCCCACCGGGGGGCCAAGGUCAUCCGUGCAGACCCACAGGGGGGCCGCCGCCGCCACAGCUCUGAGACCUUCUCCUCAACCACCACUGUGACUCCCGUGUCUCCGUCCUUUGCUCACAACCCGAAGCGCCACAACUCGGCCUCCGUGGAAAAUGUCUCUCUCAGGAAAAGCAGCGAAGGGAGUGGCAGCGGCGUCCUCGGUGGGGGUGACGAGCCCCCUGCGUCCCCUCGCCAGUUGCAGCCACCACUCGCCCAGCAGGCGCGGCCAUGGACACCAGGUCAGCCUGGGGGCCUGGUUGGCUGCCCCGGGGGCAGUGGCUCUCCCAUGCGCAGGGAGACCUCAGCUGGCUUCCAGAAUGGCCUCAACUACAUUGCCAUCGAUGUAAGGGAUGAGCCAGGGCUAUUGCAGUCUCCACAGCAACACCCGCACCUGCAUCCGCACCCGCAGCCAGGCGACAAGAGCGCCUGGGGCCGGACCCGUAGCCUCGGGGGUCUCAUCAGCACUGUGGGGGCCAGCAGCACCGGUGGGGUGUGUGGGGGGCCAGGCCCUGGAGCGCUGCCCUCCAACACCUAUGCCAGCAUUGACUUCUUGUCCCAUCACCUGAAGGAGGCCACCAUUGUGAAAGACAUCCAUGAUCUAUCCAGGAAAGCCCCCUUCUCCUCCUGUGCAGAGGAGGCCUCCUGGCCAGCAGCAGCCCCCUCCACUCAUAGUGCCUCCUGCUCUGAAAGCCUGCCGCUGCUGGACCCCCUGCCCUCCGCCACAGUGGCCACUGUAGUCGGAGUAGGGCAGUCCCAUUUGGUUGGGCAGCUCUGUGUUACCAACACAUCAGGCUGAUGGAGUCAGCUCCAGAGUGAAGACCUGCCUGGCUUCGUUACCACAACAUCACACAUCAGAGAAUCAUGUGACGGAGAAGAGGCUCCGCAUUUUACAAACAUUUGAAGCUGCUUACAAUUGUUCUUUUGGAUCUGAGCAAUUACUUUGUUUUAAACAUCUGUGGCUGUCCUAGACAUGAAACCGACAAGGCAAGAACAGCCGCCUCCCUCACUUGUUCCCAUAGGGGGCAUUCAUCCUUGUGCUGUUUUGUGUUGUGUUUUGUUUUGUUGUUUUAACACAAUUUGCCGAAGAAGUAAUUCUCAAGAAAAUUGGAUGUUCUCAUUGGCCUUUUAAAUUGUGGCCAGUGUCUUAAUUUCUUCUUACGUUCAUUUUGGCAAAGCCAAUUUGUCCCUCGGCAUGCUAGGAGAUUCUACCAAUACCCAUUAAAGUGGUAAAAUCUGGUAUUUACUGGCAUACACUCAAAACUACCACAGUCCUACCUCAGUUCCAGGUGAAGCCGGAUUUGCGGGGUUGGGGGCCAGCAGGACCUCCGUGUAUCUCUGCUGAAUGUGGCGCAAGUGUGGUCAUCAGCCUUAUUCAACUGGUCCCAGUACACAGCUGCUUGUUGGACUCCAAUCCAGGUUCCUGCGUGUUUACUCACAGACAGAGCCCAGUGUGGGACUGACAUUUCUCUAUGGGAAUGAAAUGUGUGAUUGGACUUUGAAGAUGGAUGAAUAAAUAGUAAUUAUAUGUAACUGAAGCAGCCUACUUUUGAAAAUCAUCAACUGUAUUGGGUAUUGGGGGUGGGAGGGGAGGUGUUGGGGAAGGGGCUGAAUAUCUCUUUUUAACAGACUUGUUUAAUCUUCUCUAUGUAGAUGUUUAUGUAGGUACUUCAAAUUGCAAAAGCCUUUGAUCCUAUUUACAAGCUCAAAUGUCUCUGCUGUCCUUAAUCUUGAGCUUGCAUUUCUUUAACCAAAAACUCACCUAGGCAUGCUAGCAAUUCAAGGGUGGUCACCGGUUUAGCAGAGUUUUUAAAAAUGUAUUUAUUAUCUUGACUAUAAUGCUAUGGCGUGGGCCAACAAGGCUUCCCUGAACAACAGUACAACAAAAAACGGGAGGGGGGUGGAGGAAAGAAGCUGAUAAAAGAGGCAUUUCGGGCCCUAUGUUGUUAAUGGAAAAAGAAAAAAAUAAGGAAAACAAUCUCACACUACAUGUCACGUGUUGAAAAACUCCUGACAAGACUACUCUUAACGUUUUCAGUGUUCUGAAAAUACCAGUGUUGUGUCGAUUAUCACAGGUGUCACCUAAAACUGCUGCCCUUGACCAGCAGAAUGUCAUGUCAUCUCGCUGCUCCCUUGACACAUGGUGGAGGGCUCUAGACCUUUUUCUCCCAUGGGUGCGUCCCCAGUGCCUAUCUCCUCUGAUAGUCCUGAAGAGGUUACACUAGUUCAUUGGAGGUGUGAACGUGUUUCUUUCUUUCUUUUUUUUUUGGAGAAAAAAUUAUAUAUAAAUAUAUAGAUAUAUAUAUCGCUAUAGGAUAACGCAUUAAUAAAAAUGAGGCUUUUUAAAGAGGAAGACCAAAAAAUUCAAUGUCUUAAGAAUAUAUUUAAUGGCAAUGCAAAAGUCUUCCUGCUUCCAUGCUGAACUUUUAGAACAGAGGAUUGUAUUGCAAGACAAAGUUGAAUGUAAAGCGAUCGCCCUGGACAUUUUCUAAAAGUUUUACUUUUCUAAAAUUACACAUCACAGUAGUGCAUAGACCAUACGACGUCAGUUUGAAGGUCAACUUCAGUGUAUAAUAUGCAUACUUUAUAAAAAUGUAUAAAAUGUCCUAAAGUUUUGAUUUAGUCUUGGGACUAGGACUCGGGUGGUAUUUGCUAUGUGACUCCUCCAGGUACGUAGGACUGAAUAUGGACCCUGCUGAAUACAGUGUAUGACGGUAUUUAAGUAGCUCUCUAUACUUAGAGUAGUCAUGCCACUAUACCAAUGGUUCAUGUUCAUACUGCAACUUCAAACUAGCAAAUGAAAAGUCGGUAAUAUACUAAAUUUUCCUCUAUCCUGUACAUUUCAAAAAAGGCAUAUGCAAUAUUUACAUUUUUAAUUUAGUUUACAGAAUGGAACCAAAAUGUAUAAAUGUUAUGUUUGCUAAAACUUCACAAUGUAUAUUGGGGUCUUUGUACAUUUUGCCUGACUUACCUUAAAUUUAAAAUAUUUUUUGCUAUAUAAACUUUAACAGUUAUUAAACAGUGUUUUCUUUUUUGGGUACGUAUUGUUUCUGGAUAUCAAGAUGUUAAAUAUAUUUCUUGCUAUUGUGAUAUGACAAAAGACUUAACUAAUCUUGCUCUGUCUUCCACUGUACACGCUGUAUAUAAGGGUCAAUGUGAUGCUGCUGGAGACAAGAAUAAAUGGAACUAGAAUAGUG